CCGCGUCUCGCAGGUCCUCCUGGGAGUUUUCAUUGACCUCUGAGCCCCAUCUCCCUCGGAUCAGCUCGGGUCUCCCUUAGUCCCCGCCCCUUUCGGAAAGCGGAUGACUUCGCAGAGUCCCACGAGCUGCUUCCUCCUUCCCACUCUUAUUGGUCCAGCCUAGCUGCCAUUCGGGAGCAAGGAGGAGAAGUUUCUUAUUGAUUGGUGGAUUCCGUUUGGCGCCAACUAGGAAAGGGGGGCGGGGCAGCGGCGGUCUCCAGUGAGCAGCUAUUACCGCGAAAGGCCUUCUCCUGGCAGAGACAGCUCAGCCGGGAGGUGAAAGUCGGCUUGGUUCUUUGAGAUCCUGGGUUGGGCAAGGGAGUGAGAGAGAAGCGAAGAGAGUGUGAGCCCGGGCCGUUGCCUCUCGGCUCUCCCUUCCCGACCUGCCGCGUUUGUUUGGAUUUAAUCUUCAGGUUGCGGUCGCCCGCCUGCCCGCUGGCCUCGCGGGGUGAGAGGGAAGCACCCGUGUAUGUGGCUGGCGCCUGCCGGGUCCGGACACCCGCCCGUCCGCGCAGCUUGCCCGCGGCAGCCGCGUCCCUGAACCGCGGGGUCGUGUUUGUGUUUGACCCGCGGACGUCGGCGGCGGGGCGCGCGGCCGAGGCCAGUGCCGGCGGGGCGGGGCGGGCGCGGCGGAGGCGGAGAAAGAGAGAGCGGGAGCCCUGGGAGGCCUGGCGCAGCCAUGGAACUGGGCCCGGAGCCCCCGCACCGCCGCCGCCUGCUCUUCGCCUGCAGCCCCCCUCCCACGCCACAGCCCGUCGUGAAAGCGCUGUUUGGCGCUACAGCCGCCGGAGGCCUGUCGCCUGUCACCAACCUGACGGUCACCAUGGAUCAGCUGCAGGGGCUGGGCAGUGAGUAUGAACAGCCACUGGAGGUGAGAAACAACAGUUUGCAGAGAAUGGGCUCCUCUGAGUCAACCGAUUCAGGUUUCUGUCUGGAUUCUCCUGGGCCCUUGGACAGUAAAGAAAACCUUGAAAAUCCUAUGAGGAGAAUAAAUUCCCUACCUCAAAAGCUCUUGGGGUGUAGCCCAGCUCUGAAGAGGAGCCAUUCUGAUUCUCUUGACCAUGAUGUCUUUCAGUUGAUGGACCAGGAUGAGAACAAGGAAAACCUUUCCUCAAAUGAAAGAGAUAAUAGCGAACCAGGAAAUUUCAUUCCUCUUUUUAUGCCCCAAUCACCUGUGACUGCCACUUUGUCUGAUGAGGAUGAUGGCUUCAUGGACCUUCUCGAUGGAGAGAAUCUGAAGAAUGAUGAAGAGACCCCGUCCUGCAUGGCAAGCCUCUGGACAGCUCCCCUUGUCAUGAGAAGAACUACAAACCUCGGCAAUCGAUGCAAGCUGUUUGACUCCCCUUCCCCAUGUAGCUCCACCCAACGGUCAAUGUUGAAAAGACCUGACCGAUCUCAAGAGGAGUCCCUGCCUGGAAACACGAAGCGGAGGAAGAGCAUGGCUCGGGCCAGUCCCGAAGAGGCAGCCAGUCCAGAGAAGCCUCAGGAGAUUCUACAUCAGUCUUUAUCCCUGGUGUCUUCCCCAAAAGGGACCAUUGAGAGCAUUUUGGAUAAUGACCCAAGGGACCUUAUAGGAGACUUCUCCAAGGGUUAUCUCUUCCAUACAGUUGCCGGGAAGCAUCAGGAUUUAAAGUACAUCUCUCCAGAAAUUAUGGCAUCUGUUUUGAAUGGCAAGUUUGCCAACCUCAUUAAAGAGUUUGUUAUCAUCGACUGCCGGUACCCAUAUGAAUACGAGGGAGGCCACAUCAAGGGUGCGGUGAACUUGCACAUGGAAGAGGAGGUUGAAGACUUCUUACUCAAGAAGCCCAUCGUGCCCGCGGAUGGCAAGCGUGUCAUUGUGGUGUUCCACUGCGAGUUUUCUUCUGAGCGAGGCCCUCGCAUGUGCCGCUACGUGAGAGAGAGAGACCGGCUUGGUAAUGAGUAUCCCCGACUCCACUACCCCGAGCUGUAUGUCCUGAAGGGCGGAUACAAGGAGUUCUUUCUGAAGUGCCAGUCCCACUGUGAGCCCCCCAGCUACCGGCCCAUGCAUCACGAGGACUUCAAAGAAGACCUGAAGAAGUUCCGCACCAAGAGCCGGACCUGGGCCGGGGAGAAGAGCAAGAGGGAGAUGUACAGCCGCCUGAAGAAGCUCUGAGGACAGCAGUAGCCGGCCCUCCCCCACCCUCCUCUGCUGCAGAGAAAAGAGCGAAGGGGCCAGCUGUGUGACAUUUGGAGAGAGGGGCUGGGGCUUCCUGCCUUAAACCCACCUGCCACACUCCCAGGGUUGGAGCCCAGAGCCUCCUGCUGGCUACGCCUCUUCCGUCCCUGCAUCAGGACAGUCUGCCAAGGUUGUCACGUGCCACAGCACAGGUCUGAGCACCAAGUCAGGAUAUUCUGGCAGCUCAUCCCACAGCUGGAGGAAUCACCCGGGCGCCUUGGGCGCGGCCCCUCAGGAGGGGAGGGGUAGGAGAGUGGGAGUGGAGAAAUAACAGACGGAAAUGCUGUUGGCCAAAUACCAAAGACAGCCUGGGAAGAAGAUGGUCUUCGUGGGAUAACCCAUGUCUUUAAUUUAUUCAACCUCAUCAAUCACUUUAUUUUAUUUUUUUUUUUAACUCCUGGAGACUUAAUUUAACUGCUUCAUUGAUUCACAAUACUGCCAUUCUAGGUAGGGCUUCAUCAUCCCAAGGACUACCUCUGCUUUUAAUUAAAAAUGGGGAGAGGGAGAAGAGGCAAAUUUGUCUUCGGACAGAACUAGGAGCUCUGUCACCCCCAGGAGGUGCUGUGGUACUGGGGCUGCUGCUAUUUAAAGGACUGAGGUACUGGUGGGAGCAGGCACUGGACUCGGCCUUGGCUCCAGGACAUAAGCUACACCUCCCAGACCUACCUCGAAGGCCGUUGAGAUUUGUUUGGGGGGUCAGGGGAGUGACCCUGCUCAUUUUUGCCCCAGUUCUCUGUGAUGUUGGCUGGUAGAGGAGUCACAGGAAAGCACUUCUGGCAGCUUCCAUUGGGCCCCCCCAGGUCAGUGUUGGGACAUGGUAGGGUAGGUAUCCCAGACUAGAGGUGUCGGGUGGGUGGGCUCUGGGAUGGGGGAGGGCAGUACACAUUGAGUAUCUUCCUAUUACUCUGAUACUCUGAUAGCUUUGAAUUUUCUAAAAAUAGUCAUUUUAUGAGUCAAGGAGGAUCAAAUCAGUGUUGGCUGGCCCAUCCAAGGAUGGGGAGAGAGGCUGGGAGCCCUGAGCAUUAAGAGAAGGGAGUGGGUCCUGGCAUAGAGAUAACUGUGGAAUGUGUUUCUCAGGAGGCAGCGUCAGGGAGUUUGAAGGUAAAACUGAGUUUAUCAUGGUUUAAUUUGAGGGACGGAGUGGUGCAUCAUCACCAAUUGGCUGCCUCCUCAUCUAACCCCACGGAAGUAGGGGUCUCCCAGGAACACCUGCCGUCCGGGGAGCCGGGGCUGACUUGAUUGAUUGCGGACAGGCCUGUUUGCUUCCUGCUCGUCCCCACCCUCAGGCGCCGGCCUCCUCACCAUCUUUGCUCCAUUGAGGGGUCUCCAAGUUUGUCUUCUCCCCUCUUGCCUGGGCUUCCUGUUCUGCGAUGGGGAGGGAACCAGUGAUACUGGAGAUGACUGGUUGUCAUGUUAAUGGGUUUGAGUUGCAUUUGGCUAUAAAACAAUCUUGUUAGAAAAAGUAUGUGGGGAAUAGGGGAGAGGGAGGAGACCUUUCUCCACACACAUGGAGACACAUUUCAAUUGGUCUCUAAUGUUGUUUGUAGGGAUUUUGUUGAAUCCCUGAAAAGGGAGGUGGGAUGGCCUCAGGUUGUACCAGCUUAGCUAGUAUUGCUAACCAACUAUUGCAGGCUCUGAAAAUAAAAACAAUCUUA